CAUAGUGAGGCGGUGUACACUGAGACUCGGCCUGGAAACUCUAAGCAGGCAGGCAGGCGCCAUGCAGUACACGGGGAGCCAAUAUAUUGGAGCAUUUGUAGAUGGGAGGUAAGGGCCUCAUUUGAUUCAUAAUGUCUUGGACAUCUGUGCCUUUUAAAGGGACCCUGUAGCAGACACUUCCACAAACUUUAUCUCUUUUAACCUUCAGAACCACUAUGUCAGGAUGGAGGGUAAUGCCGAAUACAUCCUCCCUACUGAAACAAGAUACGUUGGGGAAAUGAAGGACGGCAUGUUUCACGGCGAAGGAACCCUGUACUUCCCCAAUGGGAGCCGAUACGAUGCCAUUUGGGAGAAGGGUUUGGCUGUUAAGGGCACAUACACCUUCUCCGACGGAUUGCAGUAUGACGGAAAGAACUGGCAUUACUGUGACGGCUAUGACCGGAGGUUUUACACCGAGAUCUGCCACGGCUUGAAGCCUACAGGUAUCUCUCAACUCUCCAAUAUGGACCCUCCUAGAAAAAUCCCUCCAGGCUAUUAUGACUGUGGAGAUGGCUUCUACAACCCGAAAACGAGGGUCAUCAGGGACUAUAAGAACCGCUUUCUGCGAAAUGCCGAUGAUGAUGAGCAUGAGUGGAUUAUCCGGACGUGUCGGAAGGGCUGGGACGAGUUUGUGGGUCACAGGCCCACGCUGUGAGCUCUGCUGUGAGGUGGCUACCUCAGCCAGAGGCUUCCCUCUGCUCUACUGGCAUCGGCUGGCCCUGGUGGCAGGCUGUAGUUAAGAACCUGAACUUGACUCAGGAAUAAAGGCUUUCU